AUGGGAGUUACCAGAUUCUGUAGCUCCAUCGACAUGGGCAACCAGUGUCAAUACUUACCCUUUCCUGACCAUGAUCGCAUCUAUCGGGCAUGCAUCUUCACUUGUUCUUUGGAUGGCUGCAACAGUGCUAGCCGCUUUGGGCCUGGAGCAAACAACACUGGCGGUGGUCUAAAUGUCCUGGCAACUGCUUUUGUUUUGGUCACUCUUCUCCUAGUCUUGAAAUAA